GCAGAUGGAGCAGCGCGGCGCCAUUUGCGUGGUGUAGGUGUGAAGGAAGAGGAAGUCUUGCGGACGCCUCGCGUGACUGGUUGACCGCGUGGAGCCGUACCUUGCCUAUGGUUCCCUCCGAAGGUGAUACCCGCUUCUUGUUCGAUCGCAAUGAAGGCAGCCGUCUUCCCGAAACUGCUGCUCCUAAUGUGUCUCAGAGCUGUAAAGAGCCAAAAUGACCCCAAUGCUGCGUUUAACUGCACCAUAGGGGCAUUGCCACCCACGAGCGCAACUCAUUUCCAGGGUGAUGGUGCAGCGGACGCAGGUGCGCUUGAGAUCACUGGCACGGCAGCGCCCUACGACGUUACGCUUGUUGGUGGUAAGGGCGCCUACGGCAAGUUUUUCGAGGCGUACGUGGGAGUUUACUUGGAUGGGCCCGUGUUCCUUCCUGGGACAACUAUAACGGUAACUCCUCCCGCAAAGACAGCGAAGUGCACCAGCCAAGGCAAAGAUACCGAAUUCGUCUAUAUCGUUUCGGCAGCAGAGAUGACAGAAAUGAAAUUCAAGUUUGCACCCCCUGCGGAUCUUACAAAAGAUGCAGACAAGAAAAUCAUCGCAAGAGGGAUCGUGUGCCUGCAGGCCGCGGGCACCCCGCCGAAAAGUUCCUGUUCGGCGCCGAUUAUGUCUGCGGCGCUCACGAUCAAAAAACAGGCUCCUAAAUCCCCACCAGCUGCACCUGUUCCACCUCCUCCACCUCCUCCACCUGUUCCACCUGUUCCACCUGUUCCACCAAAUGCACCUAAAUCACCUAAAUCACCUAAACCACCUGACGCGCCUCCAUCUGCACCCCAUGGUAGCAGCCCGAACUCGGCUUUCCGCUGGAAGGCGACCAACACUGUUCCCACGGCAUUCAUGGUCCCAGCCCUCGUGACCUUGCUCAUCAUCAUCGCUCUCAAGCAAUUUCCAGUGUUCCCUUAUGCUUUCAUCACCAUGUAUUGAAAAAAAGAUACAUCUCAGUUAAAGUGUGCUGUUCCCCAAA